CCCCGAGCUGGGACCCGUCCAGCCCGGGAGUGCGCAAUCUCCGGCCCCGGCAGCCAGCAGGGGCUCUGCACAUCCCAUCAUGGCGCUCAGGCGGCGGACGCUGCUGCUGCUGCUGCUGCCGAUGCUCGGUUAUCGAAUCUUGGCCGUGGAGCUGACAUCCAGCAACACAAAGCCCGUGGUGCAGGAAUUCCAGCGUGUGGAGCUGUCCUGCAUCAUUAAAUCCACCACAACACCCAAUCCCAGGAUCGAGUGGAAGAAAAUCAAAGGCGGUGAAACCUCCUAUGUGUUUUUUGACAGUAAAAUGCAGGGAGACUUUGUAACUCGUGCAGAAAUUCUCAGCCGGACAUCGCUGGUGAUCAAAAACACCACCCGCAUGGAUACUGCCACCUACCGCUGCGAAGUGGCAGCGCCCGACGAUGCAAACAUAGUAGAUGAGAUAAACAUCCAGCUUACAGUGCAAGUAAAGCCAGUCACUCCCAGGUGCAGAGUCCCUAAAGCUGUGCCAGUGGGCAAGACAGCGACCCUUCACUGCCACGAGAACGAAGGCUACCCAGAGUCCACCUACAGCUGGUACCGCAACAGUGAACCCUUACCGACCGACUCCAAAUCCAACCCCAAAUUCCAUAAUUCCUCCUUCAGCUUGAACCCUGGAACAGGCACUUUGGUCUUCGCUGCCGUGCACAAGGGGGACUCCGGCCGGUACUACUGCAUAGCAACAAACGAUGCCGGCUCCGCCAAGUGUGAGGAGCAGGAGAUGGAAAUCUAUGAUCUUAAUAUUGGCGGGAUUGUUGGUGGAGUCCUAGUGGUCGUGGUGGUUCUGGUGCUGAUAACGCUUGGUAUCUGUUGUGCCUACAGAAGGGGUUACUUUGUGACCAGCAAACAGACUGGGAAAAGCUACAAGACUCCAGCAAAACCAGAUGGUGUUAGUUAUAUCCAGACAGACGACGAGGGUGACUUCAGACACAAAUCAUCAUUUGUUAUCUGAGAGGCCAAAAGGAUAUUGCAAAGCAGCCAGAACAAGUAUGGAAAUACAUCCUCCAGGAACUCAAAGCAAGAGCAAAAAGAUGAACAAAGUGCGCUUGGAAGAGUUUAGAAACACACAAACUUGACUUUCUUUUGCCAAAGUUAACAACACUCACUCCGAACCAGUCUUUUUCCUCCCCCAGAGCUAUCACCUGGACCACUUACAUCUCUCCUCACACUAAGGGGGAGCUGUUACCCUUUCCAAGACUGAGCAUUCCCCUCCACAACCAUAGCCUUCUGAGCUACAGGUGCUCAUGGAACUGCCUUCUCCUGGAGGUGCAGAUACACAGCCAGAAUGUCUAAGCCAAACAAGGGAGAAGCUUUAGGUAAAUGGGCAUCUUGACCUGAUAGACAAAAGGUGCUGAUGUGGCAAUAGAUUCUAAAUGAGAUUUAUCCACAAAAGGGGAGAACCUUCUGCUUAGCUGCGCAGGCCUGAGCCUGGCUGGGAACCUUUACAGUUGUAACUGAGCUGGGCUCUUGCCAGCUACGCAAGUGAGGGUUUCCUGCCCUUCAUAUCAUUUUAUCUUUAAAGGUCUGCUAGGCUGAGCUGCCAGAACUGCUAUCACAUCAAUCCUGCAGAGCCCCUCCUGAGCAUGAGCCAUGCAGGCUACUGAUCUCACUAGCUGGCCCCUGUUGCACAUGGAGCAUUGGCCUCAAAUGUUUGAUUGUUGUGGAUUUUAGGAACCCCAGUCAGGAUUUGGUUCUGCAGGUGCAGAGCCAGAAUCUGAGUCAAACCCACAGUGGUGGGUGGAGAUAUAGUACAAGCAACUAACUGGUUUAAAUUUUGCAGCCCUUCUGCCUGCAGUGGUGAAUUCUGUUUUUUCCACAUGUACAGCAUCAAUCCAAAAAGAUUGUUUUUGUUCAGUUUUACAUAGAAUACUCACCGUAUGCAGGUAACUUUUAACUCUAAUUUGCACAAAACAGGCUUGCCUGUUGUGUAGCUAUUUAAAUAUUUUUAAGAUUCUGGAUACUGGAGGCAGAGACUCUUAGCAUUAAGAU